ACACCCGCCCUCCUCCUCCCCACCUGCCGCCGCCCGCCCGCGUCGAUCUCCUUCCCCUCCCCGGCCUCGCCCCGGCCGCCUCUUCUUCGCUUUGCCCCGACUGCCACUCUUCACGAGGAGCUCCUCUGUCCUAGUUUGCUGGAGGCCGGGCCAUCGCCCAUCGGUGCAGCAGCCCCGGGGGCGACGGCGCGCGGGCGAUCGCGCAGCGCUCUCCCUGCCUCCCUCAACGGAGAUGGAGCAGGUGUGCAGACUUGCGCUUCGAAGAAACACACCGGUGAUGUCUGCUGCUUAGACAACAUAUGGAACCAUCCAAACUAGUUGAUGGAUACAAGUUCGGUGAUGAAACUACAAGCGAUGUCCGUGUUUGCUUUAAACGGAUGGAUGACCAAGCAGAAUGCUUUUACUGCCAUUCAUCUGUCCUUUCCAAAAACAGCAAGUAUUUUGCAGACUGGCUUAGCAGAAAUGAUGUCCGUUCGAACAACUGCAUUGAGGUCGACUGCGCAAGCAUUGACUAUGAACAUUAUGUCAAGGUGUUGAAGUUAAUACAUCUUCCUCGAGAAUCAAUUGUAGAUUCUUUUGAUUCUGUUAGGUCAGCCGUUGGCAUACUUCGAGCGUCAACCCUUCUCAAAUGUGAGUUAAUUACCAGGAGCUGUAUUGAAUACCUUGAAGCUGCUUCGUGGGAUGAAAAAGAGGAGGAAGAAAUUUUGGAAGUAGCUCAGAGCCUUGGCUCAGAAGAAGCAGUAGCUCUGUUAUCCCGUCUGCAAACCCCAAGUGCUUCUUCCGUGAAGAAUGUAUUCAUCUCGGCCAUUCGUUUUGCUACAUCCAUGGAAACUUCAUAUCCUCCUUUCUUGGAUGACCUCAAGACCUCCGCUCAGGAGCAAAUUGACUUCAUGCUCCAUGAGGAUGAUGACACUGCUUUGGUUACGAUGGAUGAGGAUGUGAGGUCUGUGGUGCAAGAAGGAUUGAAAAAACUGUUGUCCACGCUUAAGACUGAACUAGAUCUGUUGACCACAGAGUAUGAUCAAUCGCCUGAACAAGCAGAAGAAAGGGUUCUCUGUAGCUUAGCUGACGUUGACUGGAUGGCUAAUGUUUUGACAAAGAUUGAGAUGAUGAACGAGUUUGUCUCUGGUUGGUCAGAAAUCUCAGGCGAUGUUCUUUCAGUUGUUCAGCACAAGAAGUAUAGCUCAGGCUUGUGGCUUGUGAAGGCAAAGCUUAUAGAAGUGACUGGAAAGGCAUUGGAUGCUGUUGGAUAUGGUUCUGUGGUUCUCCCAGCAUCAUCCAGAGUUCAUUUUCUGCAGAUGUGGCUUCCGUUCAUGCAAACAACCAAGCACUUGCUUGAUGAAAAAACUAAGGAUGAUACGAUUCCACAGAUGGAUGCAGACUUGUUUCAGAACAUUGAGAGUGCAAUAGUUUCAUUGGUGUUAGCAUUGCCAUCGGGUGAUCAGGCAGAUAUCUUGGCAGAGUGGAUGAAGAAUGCAGAGCAGUUCAGAUAUCCUGAUCUCACUGAGGCAUUUGAGGUGUGGUGUUACCGUAGUAAAACAGCAAAGAGGAGGCUAGUAGGAGGGCUAAAUGGGAGUGGCAACCCCACAGUUAGCUUGUAAGGAUACCAUUAAUUUUAAUCCUUUUGUUGUAGCUUAUAUAAGUUGGGAAAUCAGGUGGUUGGUAACAAGCAAUAUACCAACUAGAUUUUCAUUGUUGUAUGCUGUAAAACAACUGCUCAUGGUUAAUACACUUGAGCUUUCUGGCAGUAUGUUCAUUACCCUUGUCC